CCCAGCUGAAGUUGUGGCGUAUAUAAGCUGGCCACUUCUGCCGAUGAUAACUUCCCAAACUCCCGACCGAACCCCAAAAAUGACAGAUCCCGCCUAUAAACCCAGAACCGUAAUCUGCAUAGGAGACAUCCAUGGCUACAUCACCAAAAUUGUCAAUCUCUGGUCCAACCUCCAAUCCAAGAUCGACCCAGAAUCCUUCAACACCGCCACCAUCAUCUUCCUAGGCGACUACUGUGACCGUGGACCCGACACACGCAGAGUAAUCGAUUUCUUAGUCUCUUUGCCGAGGCAAUAUCCGAAUCAGAAGCAUGUUUUUUUGUCAGGAAACCAUGACUUUGCUUUCGCCGGGUUUGUCGGGGUGUUGCCGGGGGAGUUUGAAGCGAAGGACACGUGGGAAGAGUAUGCGGAUAAUGAGGAAAGAGAAGGGUGGUAUAAGGGAGAAGGGUAUGAAAAGAUGCAUUUGCAAGCGAGGAGAUGGAGUGGUUGGAUUAAGGCUAAGUUUAAUGCUGCCAAAGGGUUGGAGUAUAAAGGUUCCAUUUAUGAUGCUGCUCCUACGUUCGAGUCUUAUGGAGUAUCUCAUGGAUCUGCUGAUUUGGUCAAGGCAGUUCCUGAAGACCACAAGAAAUUUCUAGCUGAUAUGGUUUGGGUUCAUGAAGAGGAUGAUGUCUGUAUAGAGACCGAGGAAGGACUUAAACAUUGUAAAUUGGUUGCUGUACAUGCUGGUUUAGAGAGAGGGAAAAAUGUCCAAGAGCAGCUUGAAUUUUUGAAAGCCCGAGACACCCGAGUGCCCAAGGUAACAGCUCUAAGCGGGAGGAAGGAUGUUUGGGAUAUCCCCAAGGAGCUGACUGAGACAAUUAUGAUAAGUGGUCACCAUGGGAAACUUCUCAUCGAUGGCCUUAGGCUGGUUAUUGAUGAAGGUGGAGGACUGGAGAGUAAUCCGGUGGCUGCAGUCUUGCUUCCUUCAAUGAAGAUAGUUCGUGACACAGAUAAUAUUCCUUAGUUUUAAGGUUCUAAAAGAUAGUCAUUUUAUACCUACGUCCUUUACAAAUUCAACAAAGCAUAGAAGCCCUUGAUUUUGGGACAUGAAGUAACUUCCAGCCCAUAGUAAUGAAAGUGAAUUUGGAGGCACUUAUAAUUUUUCUUGUUAAUCAGUUGGUUAUAUCUCAAUUAUAGAUAAUUUGGAAACCAGUCAAUAAUAUUUAAAUUGCCUGACUGGAUUCUUCUGCAAGUUGUCAAAUAUGUCAAUUAUAGCAUAUGUUCUGUCUUCGAA